AUGCAUUGCGGUUCCAAGAUGGCGGCGCCCAGUGAGCGUAGAGGAAACCCGGCUUCUGGCCCGGCUGCCGGCCCCGGCCCUUUCCCUUUCCCCCUGCCCGGGCCGCCCGGCGCCGGGGCGGAGCAGCAGCCCAGGAAGAAGCCGUGCCGGGCCUGCACGGAUUUCAGGAGCUGGAUCCGGGAGCAACGGAAGCAGACGGCCUCGCAGAGCGGGGAAGCAUAUGUUGAAGAGGAGAAGGAGAAGCCUCCAGAUUGUCCUCUAGACAGAGAAGAACUCGGGAGAAACACAUGGUCUUUCCUUCACACUAUGGCAGCAUAUUACCCAGAUCACCCAAGCAAUUCCCAGCAGCAAGAUAUGACACAGUUCAUUAACUUAUUUUCCAAGUUUUUCCCUUGUGAUGAAUGUGCAGAAGAUCUGAGGGAAAGAUUACGCACAAGUCAGCCUGAUGCCAGAAGCAGGAAUAAUUUAUCCCAGUGGCUAUGCCUGCUUCAUAAUGACAUCAACAGGAAGUUGGGGAAGUCUGAAUUCGACUGCUCCCGGGUGGAUGAACGCUGGCGAGAUGGUUGGAAAGAUGGUUCCUGUGAUUAAUCUGUAGAGACUCUACAGGAAAUCAGACCAAUUCUAGUAUAAUAAGAAUCAUCCCUGAUGUGAACUCAGUACAGGGAGAUGCAGCUCAAUAGUUUGUACGUGUGGCUGACAUGACUUGUGGAAAUAAAUGUUUCUCCUGCUCUAAAAGGCAACUCAGAGAUCUCAUCCCAACAGAAUAUUGUUUUAGGGGGUAACUAAUAUAUGGUCAUGUAGCUGCUGGGACUGGGACCAUACAUGUGCCACAGGAACUGCCAGAAACUUGCAAAACUCUGUCACUGGGACAGUUCACAGUAAGGAAAAGUCUCUCAAUUUUUAUAGUUCUAGGGGCACCUCGUGACUGCUGUUCCUUUCACUUUUUACAUAGUCUUAGCCUCCUCCUCUUCUACAUUUUUGUUUAUCUGCAAACAUUGCCUUCAAGUUUUAGGCAGUGCCUUUCUUCCUCUGUGUCACUUCAGCCUGUUCUGCUGGUCUUACAACUGGCACCCCAAUACAAAUCCAUAAGUCUGCUCCA